CUUUGACUAGUGGCAUGCCUUUCCAAUAGCGAAGGUUGUUUCUACAGGGGUAGCGUUUUAAAUCUUCUUAGAGCCGCCGUCUUCUCGGUCUUUACCUUGGAGCGCUAUGCCGGUGGCAGCGAUUCUCGGGGCAUUGGAGACCAUGGAAUCGCAUAUUAGCAAAUGAAACAGCCAAGCUUCACUUCUUUUUCUGUCCAGUGCGCGCGAUGACGUUCGAGUGCAGGGCCACCAAUUCACUGGCGUUUGCAACGUGCCAGUCAGGAGCGCUUGGUGGUAAUGGUACCAAGUCACCUUAUCUAUUCAAGGGCGCUCAAGCUUUUGGUGGUUUGGUGGGCGCUACACGUCUGGAUUAAAGGCGAGAGCGGUGGUCUUAUAUUCCAGGUGGAUAUCUUUUUCACUUAGCCCGUAGAGUCUACUGCUGGUCGGUGUACAGGAUGGUCGGACUCCAUUGGAUUGGAUUGGAUCGGUUGGGUGUGGCUUUUGGCAGAGAGUGUCAAAUGAGUUUCUCAUGGAUGGUAGCGGAACACGUAGAUGGUUGUGAAUCUUUUGUUCAACGUGUGGCUGUCCAGUGGCUUAGAUUCUGUUGCUUGUUUUCUCGGCAAAGAGAGGAGUCCCUUUUACGGCGAGAGAUUGGCCGAUUGAGACCGCCAUCUGUUACUAAGCAAGCAAGACGCGGACGUUGUUCCAUCGGUUGCGGAGUUAUGUACAAGGGCCAGUCCCCAUGACAGCUGCAGGCAAGCUGCAGGCACGUAUAUUUCUUGGAUGGUCAAGGGUGUAAAUGCAAUGUCUCCGUCGCUGUCCACGGGAGUACCAAAUGCAUAUUCCAGCUUUGUGUAAAUCUAGCUUUCGUGCAGCACGCAGACUGUUCCUUCUGUAUUCCAGGAAAAGACAAAGACAAGCCUUCUGUUUGGCGCUUGAUACGUAACAUCUGAUAUGAUACAACUUGGCGAAGACAAGUCAAAAAACGAAUGAUGGAUGGCUCAUUGCAGCCAGUGAACUUGAGACGACAUCUUUGCAAGAUUGCUUUGUAGAUCUAAAAGGGAGGAGGGAGGAGGAAAAGAGCUCUUUUCCGGUAGCCUUCUAUCCCCUCCGCCCAAAAGAUGCCAUUCUAGAGGCUAUCAAUUCAAGGGUCUACAUCCACCACAGAGAAGAGAGAGAGGGCUGGAAGAAAGAGAGAUAUCAAGGCCAGCAGCGUGGAAUCAGGAAAGCAUUGCUAUCGCUAUGAGUAGCUUGUUAUGAACAGCGAGUUGAGGCUCCAGCGGCGAGAUCUUCUCUUUUAUGGGUAUGGCAGCCGCUCUUCAUUUUCCCUCCCGCCUCGUUCUUCUCAGCAGAAGUCCUUGUAAAGAGGCUUCUCUUUCCGGCUCGAAUGGUGAAACGGAGUGAGAAUAUCACUCACAGGCUGUUCAAUCGACAACUAAGUUGCAAACCUUCUGGCUCUCAGUUGCAAACGGUGAGGACUUUGUACGAGAAUAUUGUACCAAGUCAUACUGUCUACGAUGUGGAGUGUCCCGAUCAUACAUUCCGCAAAUUCACCAACGAUGGCCAGUACUUGAUAGCUUUCACUCGAAGCUUCCAGCACCUGGUGGUUUAUCGUUUCAACUGGUUGAAUUUUUGCGUCAAAGGUGAAGCUGAAGAUGCCGAGCUCCCUCCGAAAGCAGCAAAGUUCGAGAGCUUCUUCACAGAGCUUUAUUGUGUUGCUUUGGCCACGGGAACCGAGACUAUUUGUAAGGAUUUUUUCUUGACGACGGAGAAUGGAGUCUAUGGACUGUUCGCAACAUCUACGGGCCCUGACGCUGAUGCAGCUUCGGUUCAAGGAGCCGUUCCAGGCGUGCCAUCGAUUGAGAAAAUAAAAAUUCUGGCUGUGAGAUUAGCGGAUGGUAUUAUCACGGAUGAUCGUAUCUAUCAUGACGAUUUCAUCCACUUAUCUCACAACAUGGGGGUGUUCAUGUAUGAGGAUCUUUUGGCGAUUCUUUCGGUUCGAUUCCAAUGCGUUCACAUCCUGCAGAUAAGAGAUUCUGGCACUUUUGUAGAUGUUCGAAGUGUUGGCGACUUUUGCCAGGAAGAUGACGAGCUUCUCAUCAGUUCUCAAACUCAAAAAGAAGCAUGGUAUCAGAGCACACAAGCUGUCCUACAUAAAGAGGACGAGACUACGGAGUCGAGAACCAGCUUGGAGAAGGAUUCCAAGAUCCUUCGCGACGACAGGAACUCAAGGAACUAUAAUGAUCAUGACUCCAGCCACAUUCCCGUCGGAUCCGAUUUCGAGUGCUAUUUCAGGGGGCUGCUUGGUGCCUCUUCUUCUGGGGCUGGCACAUCUUCUCAAGGCGUCACCGAGUUGCCAAUGACUUAUACAGCUUAUACACCUUUGAUAUUAUCCUAUGACAUGACGGGUGCUCGUCACGGCGACCAGAACCAGCAGAGCAGCGUCAACAAUGCAAACGCGCAGAGACGGACGGAUUUCGUCCUGAGUAGCAGGACACCACACCAGCAAGAUUUUGAAGCUAGAAGUGAGCUUGGUCAUGUUGACGACUCAUCUGGAUUAACUUUGGGAACAACGGGAGAAGCUGGCCAAAAUGUGACUCCUGUCUCCUCGAGUGGAAGCAGGCACGUAAGUGGAGGUAGAAAUAUUUGGGAGCCGGCGUAUGCUCACUCACGGGAUCAUCAUAGCAGCAGCAUUGAAGCUACGACUACAAAUGUUUCCACGCCUGUCACCAGCAGCAGGAAUGACGUUGUUCACAGUUUGCCGAGAGCUGUUCCUAGAAGUCUAAGUGAAAGUAACGCAAGGUCUGGUCGAGAGCAAUCCAAUUCAUCAUCCGAAACAGGACCGCCGGUGCUGGGCGGUAUUAAACAGCGGCUCCUUUCUUUUAUAUUCCGAAGUAUUCUUGAGCAUGACGACGAUCAUGUCCAGGUGACUUUGCAGCGAGCGCAACGCUUGAAACGUUUUUACUACCACUUUCAGCAUUACACGGAGCUGGUGAUGUGGAAGGUGCAAUUCUUGGACCGCUACCAUUUGCUGAUUAAGUUUGGCAGUGCGGAUGGAGUGAUUUCUCGGAGCUGUGAUGUUUCUCAGCAGCUUGCAUUUUUCGUGGUAUACAACUUUGAGACUACGGAGAUUUUGGAGUUCCAACAGAACUCUUCCCAAGAAUUGCUCCAGCUGUUUGAGAACUUCGCGGAUCACUUUCGCUCCGCACAACGCUACCCCGUGUACAUGAACUACGUGACAUCGUUUUCAAACAACGUGUUUGUGCGAGAGCAAAGCCGUGAGCAAAAAGUAGCCUGCAUCAAUACCAAAGCCAGCAACAAAGCGAACAGCUUCGCACACAUUGCUAGGCGUACACUUGCAUCGUUGCCAGUAAACUCUCAGUCCCAAAGCCCUUCUGUGUAUUUCGACCAUUCACUCUUCCAUUUUGAUGAGAAGCUUAUCUCUGCUACUGAUCGACACAAGCCGUCCAUGGAGCAUCCUAUCAAGUUCCUAUCUCGAAGGAGACCACACAUUCUGAAGUUCAAGAUCAAUCCAGGUCCAGAGAAUGGUGCCAACGAGACUCGGAUCAAGCGAGUUGCUGCGUUCGUGUUCCAUCCAAUUUUUCCGUUUGCUAUAUCGAUUCAGCAAUCGUUCCUCCAAGCGUCGGUUGUUAACUUCCACUUCAGGAAAUGACCCUCCCUGUUGUGACUGUAAACAUUUUCUAGCGUAUAGUUCUCAGCCCUGGAUUUUUCUUCUUUCUAUGAGAUUGUGAUUUUUGGCUUUCACAAAUAUAACGUGUUAUCAAUGUAAUAAUU